CCGUCUGUCGCUCAAGCAAACAAGAUGGGUGCAAGUACCAAGACUGGCAAAUUUGCCGUCGGAUUUACGGCUUUCGCCUUCCUAUUCAUAUUUAUUGCGUUCUGUUCGCCGUACUGGCUAACGACCGAUGGCAAGCUGGUCAAUCCGAAGUUCACCAAUCUGGGACUGUGGGAGUUAUGCUUGCGCGAUUUCCAAGACAUACAUCGGUUCUACGAUACGAGGUUCAAUGGAUGCAUGUGGAUUUUCGAGGAGGAGUACUACAUAUUACACGACUACAUCCUGCCAGGGUUCUUCAUUGCGGUGCAGUUCUUUUUCACGCUCUGUUUCACCCUGCUGCUGAUGGGCAUUGUUAUGACCAUGCUAUUCCUGGGCUGUUCGCGGGAUAAUGAUCGCUACAUUAUGCUGCUGCUGACCAAUGGGACGACCCUGGUCGUUGGUGCCAUUUGCGGAUUGAUAGCUGUUAUCACGUUUGGCUGUAACGGAGACAGAAGAGACUGGAUGCCGAACUGGGAGCACAACGAUAUGGGUUGGGCUUUUGCUCUGGGAGUGGUGGGAGUGUUUGCCAUGUUUCCGGCCGGUAUUCUGUUCAUAGUGGAAGCCAGGAGGGCAACCUACCGGCGGUUGAAUAAUAUUGCAAACGCCGAGAUGGCUGCCUACGGCAUGGACGAACGGAAAUAUCGUGGUGGUCACACGGAUAUUUAGAAAUAGUGCUACGGGUUCAGAUUUUUUUUGCCGAUAAGUUGUGCAGUUUUUAUAGCGCAGACGACAGUUGAGAGAAGGAAUCUCUUGUGUGUACCAUUAAACUAUUGAUUAGGCUAGUGUUUUUAACAUUCCGUCCACAAUUUUUCUAUAGUACAUUUACUCAGAACGAAUAGUCAUAAGCAGGAAGUUUUUCACGAAAAUAAAAGAAAGUGAUUCAUAGUCAAACACCUUUAGUUUAAUUAAAUCGGACAUUAAUGUAGGUUCUUUUUCAAAAUUUUCGCGCAGGUAAAGCUCUGAAAUAGGGAGAAGAACAAGCGGUUAGAAGUUGAAAUGCAAGAAUGGGUUUCCAACCGUGUUCAACCCGAAGAGCCACCGCUAAACGGAGAAAUCAACCAUGAAAAUCAUGCAAAAAAGCUGCGCCUGCAAGGAAAGUUGCGACUCGAAGAUGUCACAAGUCUUCAAAUACGACGAAUCACGUGUGUGCUUCGAAAUAUAGGAAUAUUCAACGAGGUUUAUCCGCAGUUUUCAGGAAAGCUGGAUCAAAAUGUGACAAAUGUAGAUAAUGUGAGCCGAAUGUGUCGUCAAUCGCGAGAAA